AUGGCAGAGCAGGCUCAUCCCAACCUACACCCCAAUCCACCGCCCUCCAACGCCAACGCACCCCAUGGGCCUGCCUCGACUCAGCCUGGCGCCCACUCGGGCCCUCCCCAUGGUGGUGCUGCCACCCACCACGGCCGCAUGGACGUCGCCAAGACCAACAUGGCAUACCUCGCGCUGGGCUCCAAAGCUGGCUCCAAGCCCAACAGUGUGGCGACGAGGGGUCUACUCACGACAACGAGGUAUAUCCUGCGCUACGUGAUCCACCGCCUCAUGCGCGUAGCCAAGUAUGCCGCGAUCGGCGCUGCUGUAGCGUUUGUCGGCACAGGCGUCCUGGGCGCAGUUGGUUCAGGUGUGGCAUGGUUCAUGGCACCAGGUAUCGGGAUGGGAAUGGGAGUGGGAAUGGUCUGGGCUUGUGUCAAGUUCACCUGGCGCCACCGUCCCGAACGCUUCCGUGGCGGCUGGUGGUCGGAGAUGGAACGCCGCGCACAAGAAGGCCGCGACCCGGGCACAGACGAGAAGGCCGACGCCGAGAUUUCAGAGGCUGCCCAGCGCGAGGAGAACAGGCGGGUGCGGCAGGACGUGUGGAUGCGCGUGUAG